AUGGAGCAAGCUGAACAUAACCCAAAUGCUACCAUCAACCUCAACUUUGCUGCAAUCUACAAUCUCCAUGAUGGGGAUUUAACCUCCUUGCGAAACUUCUCCUUCCCUUUCAAUUUCAGUUACAGUGAUUACGACCUGCCACUGGACAGUGAAGAUGACAUGACCAAAACCCGCACCUUCUUUGCAGCCAAGAUCGUGAUCGGGGUGGCUCUGGUUGGCAUAAUGCUGGUCUGCGGCAUUGGCAACUUCAUCUUCAUUGCUGCUCUUGCCCGCUACAAGAAGCUGCGAAACCUCACCAACCUGCUGAUUGCCAACCUGGCCAUCUCAGACUUCAUUGUGGCCAUCGUGUGCUGCCCCUUUGAGAUGGACUACUACGUGGUGCGGCAGCUGUCCUGGGAGCACGGCCACGUCCUCUGUGCCUCAGUCAACUACCUACGGACUGUCUCCCUCUACGUUUCCACAAAUGCUCUCCUGGCUAUAGCUGUUGACAGGUAUCUGGCCAUUGUUCACCCACUGAAACCACGCAUGAAUUAUCAAACAGCAACCUUCCUAAUCGCCUUGGUCUGGAUCGUCUCCAUACUUGUAGCUAUCCCAUCUGCAUACUUUGCUACUGAAACGGUGUUAUUUAUAGUGAAAAACCAGGAGAAGAUUUUCUGUGGUCAGAUUUGGCCAGUUGACCAGCAGAUGUACUACAAAUCAUACUUCCUCUUUAUCUUUGGCAUUGAAUUUGUUGCACCUGUGAUUACGAUGACCUUGUGUUAUGCCAGGAUCUCUCGGGAGCUUUGGUUUAAAACUGUACCAGGAUUUCAGACAGAACAGAUCAGAAAGAGACUUCGAUGCAGAAGAAAAACUGUUAUGGUACUGAUGUGUAUCCUGACUGCCUAUGUUCUCUGCUGGGCACCUUUCUAUGGCUUCACAAUUGUCCGUGACUUUUUCCCCACCAUCUUUGUGAAAGAGAAGCAUUAUCUUACUGCUUUUUACAUCGUUGAAUGCAUUGCUAUGAGUAACAGCAUGAUAAACACCAUGUGUUUUGUAACUGUAAAAAAUAACACCAUGAAGUAUUUCAAAAAGAUUAUGUUGCUCAGAUGGAGAUCAACAUAUAAUGGAAGCAAAUCUAGCACGGAUUUCGACCUGAGAACAAGUGCAAUGCCAGUCACAGAAGAGGUAGACUGCAUAAAACUGAAUGGGACCCAUAUAAAAGAAUAG